AGUUGGACCGCGAGCCGGAGCGCUCGGCCGGGUCCGUCCCGAGCUCGCAGGCCUUCCCUGGGCAUCGCGUGGGGCAGCCCGGGCUCCGGGCCCGCGGCGGCCGGCUCGGGGAGCUGAGCAGGCGCCUCCGCGACUGGGACACUCCCGGCCUGGGAGCGCCGCCGGGAUCCGCGCGGCGGCCGCAGCCUCACAGGUCAGAGGAGCUGCGGGCUGGGAGCAGGCCGCCGGGGCACGGCCGGGACUGUUUCCCUGCGGUCCUGAGGACUCGGAGAUUCUGCUGUGGGUGUCCUCCCGGCCGGUACGGUUCAGCUCUGUGACCUGGACUGAGCUUGGUUGGGCUCACUGAUCAGCCAGACCUGCUCACCUGUGGAGCAGUACAGAGAGGCCUGGAAAGAGGAGAGGGAGGAGACAGUAGCAGAGGAUCCAGCCCUUAUGUGAAAGAGCAGCAAGCCGGCUAUUAGUCAUUGUUCCUGAGAAACUCAAAGAAGACAAAGAGAAAGAAAUGGCUGAUUUUCCAGUAAACAUGUACCAGGGUCUGUUGACAUUCGGCGAUGUGGCUGUGGACUUCCCCCAGGAGGAGUGGGAAUGCCUGGACUCUGCUCAGAGGGCUCUGUACAUUGAAGUGAUGUUGGAGAAUUACAGAAACCUGGUCUCUGUGGAGAACUACUGCGUAUGUGAUCCUGCCCGUCAACAUGUGAAGACUAAAAGGGAGUCUUGUCAGAGUAACGAGCUUGGCAAAGUGCUUCAUGACCCCUCCAACUGUGCACUUUAUAAAAGAAGUGAAACUACAGAAGACUAUGGUAACCACGGAUGCAGUAAUCACAUAGAUGCCGCUGUUGACUCUUCAAACCCAGAUAAAACCGUGCACGCUGGAGCAGAACCUUGCACAUCUAAAGACUGUGAGAAGUCUUUGAAUUUGUGUUCCAACGUUGUUCAAGAUCAGAGACUCUACACUGAAGAGAAAGAGCACAGACAGGAAGAAUAUGAUGAUCAUUUCACCUCUAUAUACAGACUCAUGCAACAACCAAUCUACCUGGAAGAGAAACCUCACCAGUGUGGGAAGUGCGGGAAAUGCUUCAGUACUUCCUCAAGCCUCACUGUACAUCAGAGAAUUCAUACCGGAGAGAAACCCUACAAGUGCAAUGUUUGUGACAAAUCCUUUAACCAAUGCACACAUCUUAAAAUUCAUCAAAGACUUCAUACUGGGGAGAAGCCUUACAAAUGCAAAGAAUGUGGAAAGUCAUUUCGUCAGUCCUCAGUGCUUAAAAGCCAUCAGAAGAUGCAUACUGGAGAGAAGCCUUACAAAUGUAAGGAGUGUGACAAAUCUUUUGCUCACUAUUCCAAUUUCAGGACACACCAAAAAAUCCACACUGCUGAGGAACAUUGCAGUUGUCCAGAAUGUGGCAGGGACUUUCAUCAGCUUUCACACUUUAGAAAACAUUACAGACUCCAUACUGGAGAGAAGCCUUACAAAUGCAAUGAGUGUGACAGAUGCUUUACCCACUAUUCAUCUUUAAAAUGGCAUCAGAAAACUCAUUCUCCAGAGAUACAUUACAAAUGCAAAGAAUGUGGUAAGUCCUUUCUUGAAUUGUCACAUCUGAAAAGGCAUAGCAGAAUCCAUACUGGAGAAAAGCCUUACAGAUGUGAGGUAUGUGACAAAUCUUUCACUGUGAACUCAAGUCUUAAAACACAUCAGAAAAUUCAUACUGGAGAGAAACCGUACAAAUGUGGGGAAUGUGACAAAUCCUUCACUCAUAGCUCGCAUCUUAGAAGACACCAGAGUGUUCAUACUGGAGAGAAACCUUACAGGUGUAAGGAAUGUGACAAAUCUUUUACUGAGUGCUCAGCUCUUAGAGAACAUGAGAAAAUUCACACUGGAGAGAAAACUUACAAAUGUUUGGAAUGUGACAAAUCCUUUACCCAGCGUUCAUAUCUUAGAAGUCAUCACCACAGAGUUCAUACUGGAGAGAGACCUUACCUAUGUAAAGAAUGUGGCAAAUCUUUUACUACAUGCUCAGCUCUGAGAAAACAUCAGAAAAUUCAUACUGGAGAGAAACCUUACAGAUGUACAGAAUGUGGCAAAUCCUUUAUCCAUAACUCACAUCUUAGAACACAUCAGAAAGAUCAUACUGGAGAGAGACCUUAUAUUUGUAAGGAAUGUGACAAAUCUUUUACUAGGUGUUCAACUCUUAAAGCACAUCAGAAAAUUCAUACUGGAGAGAGACCUUACAGAUGUACAGAAUGUGACAAAUCCUUUACCCAGGCCUCACAUCUUAGAACACAUCAGAUUGUUCAUACUGGAGAGAGACCUUACAGAUGUACAGAAUGUGACAAAUCUUUUACUAGGUCCUCCCACCUUAGAGCACAUCAGAAACUUCAUACUGGAGAGAAACCAUACAAAUGUAUGGAAUGUAACAAAUCCUUUACCCAGGACAUACAUCUUAGAAGACAUCAGAGAAUUCACACUGGAGAGAAACAUACUGUCAUAAAUAAUGUGACAUAGCAUUUACCCGCUAUUCUCUCUGCUUACAAAUCCAACAAGAUACAUAAUAGAAACAUAAGGAUAAGAAACAUGUGAAAACCUUUAGUGAAGUUUUAUAUCUCAGAAAAUUGAGAAAGUAUAUUUUAAAAUAAAAUUUUGCAAAUGUAA